GCCGGAAUAUAUCUCCUCCUCUGACCAGACGACAGCUCAAAGAAAUAAUCACUUUUCACGUAAUUUCUUAUUACCCGAUUUGUUACAAACACCAGCUUGUAUGUUAUGAAUGUGAAAGAGUUUUUUUUUUUGUUAAGCAUCUUUCUGCACGUUGAGAAAGUGACCAUCUCCUCUUGUUUCUUGUAAAAGAAAAUGCUUUUCUUUGUCUGAGCGCAAAGGUGAAGAUGUAAAAUUGUGUAUAAGGGUGGCAUAUUGAUGCUAUAUUAUGAAUCUCCACGUGAACACAAGCUAUUCAAAACAUACUUGACACGUCCUUUUUGUUGAGACUCAGUGGUGUUUACAAAAUUGGUGUCAAAAUUCAUGCAAUCUGCCAAAGGAAAAACAUAUAAUGGAACCGCCUCCAUACAGUUUGGUGUGCACCUGACUUUUUAUCCAGGAUAAAUAUUUUACUUCCGAGUCAAUUUUGAAAAAGAAGGGAAGCAGUUUGUAUUAAAAGGCUCACUGCAUUUAAUGAGAAUAUAUUUGGAAACAGCAGCACUGGGGUUCUCAUGUUGUGGCACUGCACUUAAAGGAACCCUUAAAAGGACAAACGUACUGAGUUGUUAGGUUAGGUCCUCCUGAUCAAUAAGUGACUCAUUUAAGUGCUCCACUUAAAGCACGUGAUUUACUAUAAGAUAUUAAAGAUGUGCAUCGCUACCGAUUGCAGCGACGCUGCUCCCAGAGUUUUCAGCUGCCCCCUUACAAUUAAUGCCCAGUUGACGUCAGUUAGGUGAGCUAUCCAAUUCGCUACCCAGGUUUCUCAGUAAUAUUUUCAACUUCAUAGUGAACAAACAUUGUUUGUUAUUGUUGGAAGGUUUGUUCAUUUGUUUCUAUAGAAAGAAAGUAACAGAAAAAGAAUACACAAUGACAAUUUAUCGCUACACUCAAGCACUUCUGGUACACAGCAAGCGCUGUCCACUUGUGUUACAGUAUUCUCUGGGUUGACGCGAGCUGCAUGAUGAGUGUGGGCUUGAGCUUUCUUCUCGUGAGCACAAUGGAUCACCUUUGUUAUGUUGUAGGCUUCAAUUCUAGCAAUCGGCGACAUGGCAAGAUGCCGAAUUUUGUCCCUCUGCAGGGCAACAUGCGAUCGGAGUGGCUGCAGCGUAUCAGGUUUUCAGUAUUUGAUCGGCGCCAGCAUGUGCGCAUUUGCGACUGUCAUUUCACGCCAGAGGAUUACUACCAGAAUAGAAAGCUUUAGCAUGUCCACUGUUGGGUACAUGCAACCCAAGCGCAAGCGAACUGGGCGUUUUACCAUACGAGUGAAGGUGCACACUUGAAUGGCCUGCAUGGUGCAUCCACCUGGUGGCACAGAGCUUAACCAAACAUAGAGCUAAUAUAGCAGUAACCAAGUGUAUUCUACUUUGCUGCUGGCGUAAAUUUUUGGCAGGAGGCAAAUUAUGAACAUGUUGUCUAUUUAAAUGUUUAAAAUGUUUUACACUUGGUUGCAGCAAUAUUAGCUGUGUGUUUGGUUGGUCAAACCCUGUGCUGCCAGGUACAGCUACAUUUAAUGUAGCUGCACCCUACGCAUCUACCAGGCAGGCCGCUCACAUUUAUGCUAAAACCCCUUCAUCAUAGUGGUAGUGCCAUGGAGGGGUUUUAACUUAAGCCUCUGCCCAUCCAUCAAAACGCCGAACUCGCCUGCGGCUACCGUAUUACUGGACAAGCUUGGUGAUGUGACAGAAGGUUAGGAAAACAUGCUGCUUUGAUAGCUUUCACUGGGAAUCGACAGCCAGGCAGCUAGCAGAGAGGUUGGAGUGGCUUGCACACUGGCUCCAAGACAAUUGGAAGUAGACAACACGACGUCACAUCAUGACGUGGAGCCCGUGAAAUAGCACCCCUGGGCAGAAUCGAAUCCACGUCAUAUAUGGGGUGACAAUUUCUUCAGCUUUACAGAAUUAAAAAUCACUUCUGGCAGAUAACAUAAUUCCAUUCCUUGAGCUGAAAUAUUUAGGGGCAGACAUUGCAUGCACGAGAAAUUGAAGCGCAUAAUCAACUGACGAAAAUUCAGUAACGUUUUAGUUCAUUACUUUAUGGUACAUGUUGUAAUUACGUUACCACGGUAACGAGGUGCACUGUGUGAACACAAAGUUCAAAUGAACUGCACAGCAUUGAGACAGGACAUGGCCACAAGGAACAAGACUGGAGGCGCAAUGCUACGGCUUGAGAGGAGGGCAAAUCUUUUUGUAGAUGUUUUAUUUUUACUUUCUCACAAACAAAAUGUUUGGAAGAGAGCACUCCAUGCGAUAUACUGUCUAUGUCUAGGCAACACUCUUAGGUACAACAAAAACCAUUUCAGGGACCUUUAAGUUUGGCAAACUUUGUCUGUUUGGAUAGAGAUACGUAGGGAGUGCCCAACUGUUACAAGCAUGGUCAAAUUUAGAGCUAGCCUUUCAGUGCUUAAGUCUUAAACUGCAUUCUAAGAAGAAUGCAGUUUUUAGUACAUUAAAAGAUCUACCAAAUGCAUAGAUGUUAAGUGGGAGUAAGUCUGAUUUUGAAGCAUCAGGAAGAUGUCAGUGUUGUAUGCAGAGAUCUCGUGUUUAGUCAACAUCGUUUCAUCUAUUGCAUUUGUUCAUUUGCCCAUAUUCGUAACAUUUGAAGUGGCCCUACCCAUACCUUUUCAAAGAGACAGACUUAUUUUUUAUAGAUAAUCUGGAAGGUUGUGCACAUGUGUAUGAGCUUGUACUCACAGGUAAUUCAUCAAAGGGAAAAACUGCUAUGUACUUGACUGUAACAUCUAACAUCUAGUGACUGUAAUAUCUAGCUCUAAAAAGAAUGCUUCAUAGUUGAAGAAAAAUACAUUCUGGUCCUGGACUUGAACUUGGAACAAAGACUUUUUCCGGGGCCGUCGCUCUACCAUCUGAGCUAACCAGGAGGCUAGCAAAUUACAGGGCAAGGCCAGAUUAAUCGCAACUUGAAGUACAGGCAUGCACAAUGUGGCAAAUCAUUCUGCGAAAGGCUGCAAAGUGACAGAAGGUUCAUGCAAAGGAAAACUGUCAACCACCUUCAUGGAAUAGAAACAAAGCAGGGGCUUCCAAAGCUACAGGACAGAGCAGGCAAUCUAUUAUGCGAGAUUGCAGGUUUGCUGCUGCAUGCAAUGUAAUUUUGAAUUCUGGGGUUUUACAUUACAAAACCUUGAUUUUAUUAUGAGGCACGCUGUAGUGGGGGACUCCGGAUUAAUUUUGAACACCAGGGCAUCUUUAGCGUGCCCCAAGUAUAUGAGACACUGGCAUUUAUGCAUUUCACCCCUGUCGAAAUGCGGCCGCCAUGUCCAGGAUUUGAUCCCGCGACCUCGUGCUUAGCAGCGCAACGCCAUAGCUGCAAGCUACCGCAGCAGGUGCAUGCAAUGUAAUAAUAAUUGCCUUGUAUGUUGAUGAUAGCGUUGUCUAGAGACCAGGUAUCUUACGAUGUUUAAAGAGGCCCUGAAAACCUUUUCUAACUAAUCAUACAAGGGCACCAUUAUUAAAUUGCAUCGCCUCCUGAACCUUCUGCUGCAAAACGUUUUCGUAUCCUUCAAGCACAAGUGAAGUUAGACAUGGUUAUCGGAUCGAUGAGCGGCUUCCUGUGUCCCUUGAUUUACACAAGCAUGCUGGAAGCUAAACGGGAGACAGCAAGAUGGUGCUGGAGAACAAUGCCCUACUGGCCCCACCCAAAGGUUGAACGUUGUGGUGGUGAGAUGGCUCAUCCCGGCUGUAGUAUCUAUGCUGCACUUUUAAUCUCGGGAGUCCACAUAAAGCAGACACAGCAUCAUGCAACUGUCGUGCUUAAAUUGGCUGUGCAAAGAUGAACUGGUCUUCCUGUAUUUUGAAAUUUCAGACAUAUAUAUUUUUCAUUUAUUUAACUCAAAUAAGCAAUAAUUGUAUUACUGAGGAUGUUCUCGCGAUUACGAAGUCAGCCAAUAGCUGUUGUGGGUUCAGCUGCUUGCAAUGAUGUUGCAUGACGACAUUGCAGAAGCGAAAGCAGGCAAUAUUUCACCAUUUUGACAUGCGAUUGCAAAUUCCCUCGUGCAUGCAGUGUGAUUAUACCUCGCGUGUUCUUUACUCGCUGAUCGGCAAUGUUUUCUUAUCGUGUUCAAGAAGUGCUUCAGUGCCCCGUUAAGUCAUUUGCUUAUAUGCAGACUCUGGGCUUUAAUAACAUUACACAGAUACCAUAUUCAGAAGAAGCUAGUCUGGCACAUUUAAUGUGUCCUCUGCAGCCCUUCAUACAUUGCUUAUCUUAACUAACAAUCACUUUUAAAAAAUUUCAGUAGUCAUCUUCCUUAGUUCUUUUUUUUUCAUUAAGGCAGCAGUGCCACUGAAAACUUGCUUUAUGUGCACUCUAGCGAGUAAAGCGGUGUAACAUAUGCACAUCUUGUGCGCAGGAUUGUCAUUACUCGGCAUCUGGGGCCUCUGAAGUGCAGUGCUUUAUUGUUGCUAGGACUUGAAGACGCUCCUGGCUAGGCCAACGAAAACUUUUAAAAAUCAUCCGCAGGCGACAUCCUGACAUUAAACGUCCUAAGUGGUCAUCCCUGUCGAGACAUAUGAGCACCAGUUUAAUUCACCGGCCAACAUCUGGUGGGGCGUUAACACGGAAAAAAAAAAAGAAAAACGCGAUAUUGCACCAUGUUGCACUCUGAAGUUUGCCUGUCUGAACUGGCUGCUGCGUGGCACAAUCACAAAUGUUCUACCGCAGUACCCGUCCCCAAAUUCAGGUCCCCAAAAUUGCAUCAACUGCUACAGCUUGUCUCACCAAUAAAGUAACAAAUUACAUGUAAAAGGUUACUGAGAAAAGUGAUUGAAUUACAGAGCAAAACAUGUAAUUGGUAAAUUACAAAAUUACCAUUAAGCUUAAUAGAUAACAAGAAUUAAUUACAUGUAAUUUGUUAUGUACAAGUCUGCUUCUAUGGCAAUGACGAUGUGUCAUCCAAAUCGGAAUAUUUCUGUUUGGCUAAAAAAAUAUUCCUUAUACCUUCUGCCGCUGGGCCCCUUACUCAUCUCUUGCAUUUCAGAGUGCAGUUGCAUGAGAGAGCUACAGGUAUAAACAAACAUAACCUUCAGUUUUGAACUUGGCCAUGAAAUUUAAGCUUUGCUGUUGAAACGUCCAAAACAAGGGAUCACUGUCGAGCUGCAUUCCUCACUGCCUUAUACACUGGCCACCGAUAUAAAGGAACUGUCUGUAGUUAAGGUAUGUGAAGCAAGGCAUGCUUGCAUUCACUGGAGCGUUCAGAUGUCCCGAACAGUGCUGCACCAUACGUUGCCAUGUAGUCACUAACUAGUUUCAUUCACCUAGUGAAGCAUGUGCAGUGCAAGGCAGUCCAGAGCUACUAUGUAAGCACAAGUGCGUGUUUUGAAACGAAAAGAACCACUAAAGGCUGGCUUCUCCCCAUGGAAUUCCUUAUUGCGAAGAAGCCAACUUCCAAAAACCCAGCCAUUAAGAGCAAUCCGCAUACGGAACGGUUUUACGCGCUUAUCCGGCACCCACUCCGAAAUAAACGGGUGCCAUUAACCUAGCUGCGGGGAACCUGGGUAAGACUUUCUCGCAAUCCAUAAUUCGGUGAAAAAAAAAAAAUGUUGCAGUAACGUGUGCGAAAACUUAACUUUAGCUAAAACAAACUUGCAUGCGCCUACCGCGCUGUUCUGGUUUCAGUUUCGCAUCUGUCGUCAAGCCAAAAAAUGGCUUUAUGAAAUCUUUGAAAAAAAGAAAACGUGCGUUAAAGCUAAAAUACUAAGGGUUUUGUUACUAGGAGAUAUGUUUGGUUGAUGUUUUUGAGAAUUGCGUGACAGUAAAUUCACGUGACCUAGUCAUCUCUCGGGUUAGCCAAUGAACGCCGCCGAAUGUGAUGGCCGCCAUUAUUCUAGCAAUUCUAGCAGAGCGUUCGAGGGUUGCUGUUGGUUUGCGAGAGUUUUGUGAUGCGCGCUCAUCGGAGACGCGUACCGUCGCACGAAUUCACCGGUCUCGAGCACGCACUUUCGAGGACUUAAAGUUUUGGUGAUGCCGCCACCAUCGUCAACGAAUCUCUCAUGGCGGCCUAAGGGCCGUGGGAGCCGCCACCACCGUGACAGUGGCGGGAGUGGAGGCAGUGGCAGGAGCACAGGAACUGGUGGCCAGCAGAGACUCUUCCGCAGCCGAGAGUAUGGCUCGCGGGUGCUUGGCAGUCUGAGUGAACUGCGUGAGAGUGGCAUGUUGUGCGAUGUGACUCUGCAUGUGGAUGGCGAGAACUUUGCACUGCACCGAGUGGUCCUCGCGGCCAGCUGCCCAUACUUUGCGGCCAUGUUCCACUCUGGCCUCGCAGAGUCAGAUCGCGGCACAGUCGAGAUACGGGGUGUGUCAGCGACCAUUACAGAUCUGCUGCUUGGGUUCAUAUACACUGGUGAGAUCCUGAUAACACGGGACAACUGCCAGGACUUGCUUGCAGCUGCCAAUAUGUUCAGGCUAGCAGAUGUGGUUCAGGCAUGCUGCGACUUCCUUCAAAGGGAACUGCACCCUUCCAACUGUGUGGGCAUCUUUCGCUUCGCUGAAAUGCAUGCGUGCACCAACCUGAAGCUGGAGGCCAAGCGCUUCAUAGAGAGGCGCUUCACCGAGGUCAUCAAUGAGGAGGAAUUUUACGAGCUGCCCACAGAGACACUGCGCCACUUCCUGAAGAGCGAGGGGCUCAGCAUCGACAACGAGUUUCAGGUCUUCGAUGCCACCAUGAAGUGGAUCUUGCACAACGUGGAAGAGCGGCGCGUGCUGUUUUUCGAUGUGCUGGAAGCCAUCCGGUUCCCGGUGAUCUCGCGCAAGCAACUGGAGCAGUAUGCUGAUACUUGCCCCGACAAAGAGCUGCACGAGGCUUUGCUCAAGUUGGUCCAGGACCUCAAACCAGACCGGAGGCUCUGCAUCGACGGAAAGAGCAGUCAGGUCCAAGUGGUGGACGUACAGCAGCAGCCACGCAUGUGUGCUCGCAAGAGUGUCUACAUCCUGGGUGGCUGUCAUCGGCAUGCGGGCAUGCGCUUUGGUGAGGGCUACAGCUUGGCCAGCGUCGAGCGCUUCGACCCCGCACGGGGCCAGUGGGCGGGCUCACUCGCUCCCAUGGCCCACCCGCGGUCUGGGCCAGGGGCCGCAGCACUCAACCAGCUUGUUUAUGUCGCGGGUGGUGAGAGCGAUUGCCUGAUCCUUGACAGUGCCGAAGUGUUCGACCCUGUGGCCAACCGAUGGGAUUCCAUCACACCUAUGGUUCAACCUCGCUGCAUGAUGGGGAUGUGUGCCUUGGAUGGCUUCCUGUAUGCCGUGGGAGGCUGGGUGGGUGCCGAGCUUGGUGACACUGUAGAGAAGUACGACCCUGAAUUGGACACAUGGCAGAUAAUCAGCCGGAUGACGAUUGGCCGCUAUGCCAUGGGGGUGCUUGCCCAUGAAGGGCUUAUCUAUGUCAUUGGUGGAUACAAUGACCUCAACUGCGAGCUUGCACUUGUUGAAUCGUACAACCCGGUCACCAAUGAGUGGCAGACACUGGCUCCGCUGCGGAAGCGUCGCGCCUACGUUGGUGUGGCAGUCCUGCACGACCACAUCUAUGCUGUUGGCGGCAGCAGUGAUACUUCCUCUGCACUCAACUCAGUUGAGCGCUACUCUAUUGAAGAGAACCGUUGGACGGAGCUCCCCCAAAUGAGUAUGGCACGUGUGGGUGCAUCCGUGGUGGGCGUCAAUGGCCGCCUUCAUGUGAUGGGCGGUCGACGUCCCUCAGGUUACGAGCGGCCCUUUGCAGUCAGUGGGCCCCCGCUCACGCUGGAGACAGCUGAGACCUAUGACCCUGAGGUCAGCAUGUGGUCCAAGGCAACGCCCAUGCCGCUCAGCCGCUGCUAUGCUGCCGCCGUUGUCGUAUGAGCGCUGCUACGAGCAGUCGUGAGCGACCCAGCAAGAAACUAUGGACCUCACUUCCUUCUCAACUGUCUCCCUCACUAUCAUUUCCUUUUGUGUUGCUGUUUGUUCCUUUUGUUUGUUAUGCCUGCUUGUUGGUCAUGGUAGAAGCAGCCAUUUCUGCUGAGCGCUUCUGUUACAGACGUGUGCUUUUGCGUGUUUGUUUUGCUCUCUUUCUCUUCUGCUAUAAACCUAAGCAAGUGCUAAAAACCUAGUUUGCUCCCUGCGCAGCCAUUCAUGGGAGCUUUUUGAAAUGUGGGAAUCUUGAAAUAAGCUAAGUUCUCUUGCUGCCCAAGCAGGCAGCUGUUUGAUUCAAGGGCGAACACUGUGUACAGGUUAAUCCUCCUACUGGCAUUUGCACCUCAGAGUCUCCUGCCCCAUCCUCCGGUUGAGUGGUAUCCCGUCACCACCUGAGCAAGAAAAAAGGAGUGGGAAAAUCGAAUAAUGUUGCUGGUCGUGGACACAUCACAACAUCCCCCGCCCUUUCCGCAUCUUCUCCCGCAUGUUAAUGGAAACCAAUCUCAAAGGCUAUGUUCUUGUGUACUUCAGGCACUGAAAGCAAUCGCAGGUGCUGGGAAAAUGUCAUGGCAGCUAUGUUUUAAACGUAACCCAUUGUCUUGUGCAUGUUCAUGGCUUCUCUUGAUGGGCAUUGCUUUGCAUUCUUGACCUGUAUGCUAAAAAAAGGUAUCCUUGUCUUGAAUGAAGUGGUGCUGGUUGAAAAGUAGGCACAGAGUUUUGAUGUUGCCAGAAGAGUGUCUUGGUCGUCCUUGCCUUUUUAUUUUUGUGAUGCGAAAGCCUGAAAAGAAAGCUAGCAAGACGUGUGGCAGAAUGAGAUGGUCUUGCAACUCUGAUGUGAAAGAGUUGAGCAGCAGCUGAUGUGCAAGCAGUGAAUGUUGCAGCAUAUGUUCAUGUACAUGAAAAUAUGUGUAAAGAGAAAAGUCAGAAUUGAGAGUUUUAGUUUGUCUGGAGACAUAUUAAACUUCACUGAAAACUUAGUUACCGAGACGUCAACUGCAGCACCAAUGCUGGUAACGACAUCCUGUGAUGCCUUGCCAAACAAAAAUGCAUAAAACGCACUUUUGUGUUAUAUAGGUGCACUUUCUCAGAAAAAUAAAUAAGGCCACGUGAUAAUGAGCAAGUCGUUGCUUAAAAUUUACACCGGCGGUUAAGUAGAACAUACGUGGUUAGUGCAAUAAUGGCUGUGUGGCCUCGGUUUUAAGCUCUGCUCCACUUGAUGGCGGUACCAAUAUUACCACUCACAUUUACGUCUAUUCUUCGAAGGGCAGUAUGUUUAUGGACAAGCUGAAACUCCCUAAUUAAACGCGUUCUGAGUAGUGAGAAAUGCUUGUGCCAAAAGAAGCCCAUGUGUGCAAGCGACGCGUGGUUGAAGUCGCUUGCAUCAAGACUGUGCUGCAGUGUUAUUGUGCGUGUGUUCUGAACUAGUGGUUGUGCUUCAAAGGUUUGUUUGAAUUCAUAUGCCCAACACAAGUGCUUACAUAUGUGAAAUGCAGGGUGUUAGAUUCUUGCAACUGAUUGUCCCGUGUAUUUGUGUGUUGGUUUCACAUUUCCCAAGAGUUGACUAUGAGACAAAGCAUAGUUACAGGUGGACGUCGCUCAUGAAAGAAUGCCACACCAGAUUUUCACAUACAUGCCUUAUCUUGAUGCUUCUGUUUAACUAAAUUGAAUGUACAGCAGAUCUACCCUUCAGCUGAAGUAGUCUCAUUCCUUCAGUAACAUACCUCAGUAAUUCUUAUGCUAAAAUCUUGCAUUGGCAUUUCCUAUGCCUACUUGAAGGUGCAUUUCUCAAACAUCCUUUUGUUACAGAAACAAUCGAAGAGUAUUAAUUUAUUUAAUGCAGUGACUAAUUCACUUGAGGGGCAUGCUGCCCUCAUAAUGAGGCAUUUUUCUGGUUUUCACAAACAACCCCUUGUCACGUGAAUUGAUGAGUUUUAUUUACAUGUAGUGAUUACCUUGCUUGCAUAAGCUUAGGAGGCGUGUCAAGUUGGCAUGUUUGUGAAGAUGGGAGUUGGGCUCUGACAUGUUUUUAGUGAAGUGAUUUGAAAAGCAGCCAGUGUGAUAAGGCGGAAUGCUCUGAAGAGUGACUGCGUUGAAAGAUUGCAACAGAUUGUGUUAUCUUGUUUUGGGCUUAUGGGAAAAUAGCAUUUGUGUGUAGGGGAAUUGGUUGAAGCACCAUUCAACAGGGGCCAUGUCCGAAAAUGCACAUCAUGUGGCAUACAUGACUAAUUCCCAUAUUUCCAGUGACCAUUUUUCACCAUCUAACCAUUGUUUCAAUGUUAUCGCUCGGCGCAAGGUGCGCUUAAACAUACCCAAAAUUUCCAUAGUGAUAUUGCUGAUUCGAUAGCAAAAGAGCAUUAUCCAAUCAGAUUCAGUGUGCAACACAAAUGGUGGUGUACGUUAUGUCACCUGGCUUCUUUCUGGCCUGCUUUCACAGUUUAUGCCUUAACAUGGAGUUUAUUUUUUCUCUAACAGUCAACUAUGAAGUUAGUUUCAACAUUGUGGGUGUCUUUUCUGCUUUCAGAAGGAUGGAUAUAGAAAGCUUGUGGUUUUUUACUUCUUUCGUGAGGAGUCUCCCAGAAUAGCAGAGUACCUUAAAAUGAAAAACUUGUUUUCUACUUUUGGUUAUUUGUAUUAGAAAUAGUUAACAUUCAUUAGUUAAAGCUUGGCAGGACAUGAGAGGUUGGCCCAAAUGAUCUGACCUUUGAAUUAAACAUUUAUGAAGUACAAGCACCUUUUGAGAGCUUUGAAAGUUCAGCUAAGAGGUGUAAUUAACCUAAAGGUUUUGAAAUAAUGGAAGUGAACAGCGUUGUCACUGCUGUUUGUGCAUUGUUUGAAAUGGCCACCACUCAUUGGUGAAGUGAUUUAGGUGCACAGUCUUGAGCAGGCAGCACACUCCAGUCACUAUGCAGUGUGAUGGACCAAGUCCCAGAGAGUGCCAUGAUGCAGUUAGUCAAGAGCUAGAGUGAAGGUUUUUGCAGAUGGCUUUAUGCAGUGUAGACAAAAGGUGCUUAGGAAAGUGUGCACCCAAUGAUUGCUUUAAAGAAUGGUGAAUUAAUGACGAAUGCUUUACCCGGUGAGGUUUCUAGAAGGAUGGCAAGGUUGUAUGCCGUGGUUAGAGAUUCAUGUGGUUCACUUUAUAGAGCUUGUACAAAAUAUAUGAAUUCAGGUGAUGCUCAUAAAUGCAAGAAACAAGUAUUUAGCUACUGGCAAUACCAAUUCUGACAAUGUUGCAAAAAAAAAAGUAUUGUACAAGAGUGCUUGCAUAUUGUGCAGUAAGAGAUGUUUUUGAAUAUAUUGAACAGGACGGUCUUAUCUUCUGUGCAAUUGUAACCGAAUCCAGAGCACAUUUUACCUUUUUGCUGAUGUUCUGUUGUGUAUUCUUGUGGCAUGGUGGUGACCAUAUGCCUAGUCUGUCUGUCUGAAUUUUUGCUUGCUUCGAGGAAGCCAACUUCUCACUAUGUCACUUGACAAGUUUCCUGAUGUCACCACCUCGUGUGUACCACCCCACGCGACCUACAAGUAUACCUUGGUCAUCUAGCGUAAAAUCCCAAGAGAGAAAAAUUGCGAGAAAAUAGAGUGAAAAUGUGAGGUGGGCUAACUUUCAGUGUGGUGAGUAACUUUCAGGUGGGUAACUCAUUUUUUUUUAUGCCGGGAGCUUAGUCGGGGGUGGGUUAUCUUUCGGGGGUGAGGCAUCUCGGGAUCUUACGGUAGUGUUUCAGAAACAUAUGGUUGAAUUCUGCUUGUGAUAUGCGGAUUUUAUCUCUAUCUUGAUCAUCACUGUUGUCCUAGACUUGUGUGUUGGAACUGUGUCUCUAUUUCUGACCUUCCUACUUUCAUUGCAAGAAAUGUCACCAGUGUGUUGAAUAAUAAUGUUGCUUUCAGGGCUGUUGCAUUAUUUUGCUGGAUAGUUACCCAGCACUAACUGCCUCGUCUUGCUGCGAAAGCUUCUUCACCCAACCAAGCAUUUUAUGUUUGAGCUCCCGAUUCAACUUCUGUUUGCCUUAUCCUUUGUAAAAUCGUACGCCCUUCAGGAUGUAAUUUUGUCACACAACAGUAAUCUUCAUCAAUCUUGUGUGUGCUUCCAUUAUUAUUUAAAACUCUGUGCCUCUCCUAUCGGGCAUGCCAUGCACUUCUUAAGCUUCUCAAAGAGUUUCUGACAGGUAAAUAGCUAGCCUAUACACAGUGGGAAAUGCACAAAAGCUAUAAUGGAUGGUGAUUGUCAUAUGAUUUAUUGUACUUUGCACCUUUUAGGGUGCAAUUUGUCACACAAAGGUGUAAUUUGACAAAUUAGACAAAGGGUAAAUCUCCACCUAAACAUGCAAUUUUCUGUGACAAAAUUAUGCCCUAUAGGGUGUAAUUUGUUGCAGUCUAAGGGUGUGCAAGUUUCAGUGUAUUUUUCUAGUCUCUCUGUGAUGGUUUUUGCCAAGGCAAAGCAUAUAUCAAUGCAAACUAAAACAUGUGAUGACUCCAAGAAUGUGUCUUGCUUUUCCCUUGUGUGUUAUGCCGCGGGCAGCUUUCAUAGUUAAUUCUGUACAUCCUUAACUAGUAGCACUAUUGUCUUGUCAGCCAGUGUCUGCUAACGCCGUCUUCCUCAUAUAUCCAAUGAAAUGGCUGGCUGCGCUCGAUAGUGGUCUGUUUCUGUUUUGGCAUCGCAUGUUUGCGUCUUGCUUGUUCACUCUGCUGAUGUCUCUUCUUUUUUUUAUGAUCACUACAGUUAUGUGAAAAUUCUCGUGAGCGUGCUUCGGAAGCAUUUAAGGUAUAACAGCUUGGUGACACUUGCUGAAAGAGCUGAAAACCACUUCACUACAUUUGUGUGUCUGUUUUUUUAUUUCUUCAUUGUAGCGACUUGUUCUGAGUGGGAAGUUUCAUGCUUUGCUAUAACAAUACAGUAUUUCGUAUAAACAGGCGCACUGUAUCCAGGUUAGGUUGUUGUGCAGCCUAUUUGCUUGUGUAUUUUGUCAUGUCUGUUGCUGCUCGCAAAUGUGUAUGUACUUCUUUACUUGUGGAAAGAAAAAAAAAUGGCUUAAGUGGAAGGUUUAGCUUGGUUCCAACCCCGAUUCUUGCUAUCCAAUUGGAGUCAAACAAGUGCUAGACCAGUUUGAACUUUGUUGCAUUUAAGAGAAUACCCCCAAAUCUAAUAAGAUGGGGAGCUUUUUUUGGUAUUUUGUUUGCUUAGGCUAAAUGUUUUGUGAAAAGGGCUGGAAAUGAGAAACCUAAAAAAAAGAUCUCUUUGCACUUCUUAACCUUGCAUCAGAAACUGGUUUUGUAAUUAAAGUGAAGCUGACAGACCACAUAAAGUGGUGCACCUUCUCAUUCUACAGUAAAAUCAUUAUUGUCACACAAGAUUUGCAGAGGCCGUAGUUGCAAAGUAGUCUUGUGUCAUGUCUAAUAUAUAAAAUUUUCCCACUUUAGAGAGUCUACCAGAUGCAUUUUGCUGCAUUGGGAUGUUUUUAUUGCGGAGCUAUGGAGUUGUGCAAACUUUAUGCUUCAAGCUGCCAACAGUAGCUAAAAUUUGGCGUUUUCUUUUAAAUCCAGUAAAUGUAACUCAAGCAUGUUCAGCAAUUGCCAGACAUAAUCAGUUGUACAUUUCACAUGUGCGGAAGAAAGCUACAGUUUCCUCUUAAGGAAGGUGCGUGAAUGGCCUUCGUGUAACUGCAAUGCAAGAUGGGUGCAGCUUGGAUACGCACGAUCCCAGAAUUUUGAAGCAUAAAAAUACACGCACCUGCGCGGAUACACACAUGAACACGCGCACACAUUUGGAUACAGUGCUACGACUUGUAAUGCUGUACUGCCUAGCACUUCCUAUGCCUGUAUUUGCAUUUCAAGUUUGUUUUGAUGGCUGCAGUAUUCAUUCUGAAAUCUGGGAGUCGAUGAGAUCUUGGUUGCGAUCUUAUAAUGACUGAGAAAGCAAGCUGUUCACCUGCUCUCUCUUGAGUUGUCAAAAUAAUGCUUUUGUCAGCAAAAGCAUAAUUCUGACCAAUCGCAUGGAGGCAGGUGGACAACCAGCUUUUUUGAAACAAAUGAUUGCACCCCAUGUUGCGGUAUGUUUACUGUCAGCAGUAAAUCGAGUAUAUUGGAAUGAGUCGUUAUUUUGGUAUUUUUAAUGGAAUGCUUUAUUUUAAGGAUCAUGUAUGCUACAGAAACUUAUAGAAAAAAAGUAGACAGGAUUUUUCUUUUGUGUGUGUUUAUAUGUGGUACCGGUGAUUAUACUUGCAUUCUAUAAAUAGUGUACUGUAUGGUUUGUGGUCUUCUAUGCGAGGUGAUCUCUUCUAAAACAAAGACAAACACAAAACUAUUUUAGUGCAACAUGAGAACCUGCAAUACUACUGUUCAUGUUAAGCACUUUAUUUAGCCAGUAAAUAUAUUAUAAUCAGCGUCUAGGCUUUUAAGCACAGCAGCAUGGUUAUGCCCGAGUUUCUGUAAAUGGUUAGAAUAUUUGUAUUGUCGAACUUGAUAUGUUAUUUUCGAUGUACACUAACUAUUCUCGUUUUAGCUGGUGUUUGAAAGUUUGCUGUAAUACUGUUGAACAACACAAUGUACAUUAUAUCCAUGACACACUUUCUACUUGAUUUGCUCCUUCAGUAAAAUUAACCGCAGAAAUAAAAGCGAUGAGGAAGGCUGCACCACCAGAAGGCAUAGCAGGCCCAAGCAAAUGUAAAGGUAAAUGAGGAGAGUUGUUGAAAACCUAGAGCCAGAGAAUUUUAGCAGGGAAGGGAAAAAGAAAAAAGAAAAAACUUGCAGUUCCCUAUUAUGGCAAUCUGAUUUGUACUAAAAGGUAUGGUUCUUCUAGCUUUUGUUGGCCUUGUAGUGUUAACAAGUCCCAUUAGGGUCACCAACAAAGAGAAUAAAUUACCUUAACCCUUCAAGGGCCAAUUUUUUUCACUAAAUGUGACCCCUCUGGGUCGAAUUAAAAUUUACUGCAAUUUUUUUAGAGUAACCGUAAAGUGAAAAAAAAAUAAUUUCCAUAGGUAAACAUGCAUUGUUUGUGCAUGUAUAAAGAUGGGCUUCCAUAAUUGUAAGAAUCAAAAGUAGAUACACUGAAACAGAUAAAUUCUGAUUUGGCACUUGCGUAAUAGUCUGUAUCAGAGGAAUUGCCACUCGACUAACUGAACACAAGAAAACUAUGGUUAUGGUUGUGCGGCCCGUCAGGAAACCCAAGAGAAUUUCGUCACCAACGUUUCGUCACCAACGAGGGGCAAUCCAUUUCUGCGAGCCUAGUCUUCAGAAAAGAAACGCAGGCAUGGCAGCAUCAUUUGUGUAUACCAGCUUACCCCUGUGAGCAACAGAUGAGCGAGCAUCUAGCGGUGACACUUUGAGAGAUUAGAAACCAGAUAGACAUCAGUUUUUAUGAGCACAACGAACGGAAACAGCCCGUGAGAAGAAACCAAAACUAAACGCUGCAUGCUCUCAAAUGGUCACUCAAAUGCCAAAACUAAUGGUCACUCAUGCACUCAAGUGGUUACUCAAAUGCCAGCAUAAAGAAGCCAUGCAAUGAAUACCAAGAGACUACCGGGGGGGGAUUCCUUGUGUCCACACAAGGCAGCAGCACUUGCUGGGCAACAGCAUGUUUUUCAAACAUACAGGCGGCACCAUAAAUACACGGUGUUGACAAGUAAAAUAUGCUGGGCUUAGAUAUAAUGCUGGCCAUUUAGAGGUCGUUUUAUGUUAAGAUGGUUGCAGUUAGGCCUUCCUCUUUUCUCUGAAUUCAAAAUGGAAACAAACAAAACACUGAAAAUCUUCUUGUCUCCCAGUCUACAGCUAACACCUCUCACCCUCUGUGGCAUGGAAACCCUCUUUCCCCUAAUCAUUUCUCCAUUGCAUGCCAAAACGUUUCAUUGCCCACAUAAGCCUAACAUCAACCCAAAUUGAAACACAGUAACGAGAAAAAAAAUAAGAAAAAUAAAAGAGAACCUUAAGAAAUUUGAAGAUGCAUAUGCCAUUCUGGGCUACUUGUACAUCAAGGGUAGCAAAGCUGUACAAGGGAGCUCUCGUACCCUCGGGAAGUCCUAGGCGUCUGUUUUGCCGCUUUGCGAAUGCCUCACUGGAUACACUGUAGUUCUUUGGCUACAAGAAAACCUUGUUAUAAUGCAUUUGAAGGGGGAUCCAUCGCAUGUUCAGUUACAUCCAUUACACGAACUUCCGUUACAUCCACUGCAUGUUCCAGCAUGCUUUGCCGACUCUGCUGGCGUCGAUGUCUGGCUGUGCGUUCCAGCGGCCUGGUAGGACCAAGUUGCUGGCUUCUCUGACAUUUGAAACCACUGCCACACAUCACCGUCUGCUUUCACUGCUGCUUCACGAAAACCAUUCGGGAACUCCCCCCUAAAUGGCUUUGCCAUAAAAUUGACUGGAAUGCACCUGCGAUUUCCUGUUCUUCACUGUUUGUUGUAUGGGCACAAAUUAGGAUCUGGCAGAGCUCUGGGGGCUACUUCAUGCUUUCAAACAGACAAUUUAGGGAUUUUAUGUCAUGUUUUGAAGAAGCAAUGGAAAAUACAUAUAUAUGUUCCUUUCUGUGUCUGGGUUUCAAUUUAUGCUGAUGGUAUAGUUCUACCUGAAAGUUCUGAAGCUACUGCAGUUCGUGCUAAGGCAACGCUUUCUUUGUGUAAGAAAAGCAAAUUGGGCAGGAGGGUAGGUGAGUGGCACUAAAUUUGCUGUGAAAAGUUGCCAUACAGCGAAAUGAAAAAGUAGGAACAUUCUGAUAUGUUUUGUGAAAAUGUUGAAACACUGCACAAAUAGCAGCAUUAUACAUAAAACGAGUACAUUAAACUUAAAUGCUAAAUGGGGAUGGUAUAAAGUAGAAAAGUAGCUGUUUCCUUCUCGCUGAAGUUCCAAUUAGAAAGCUCAGAUGUUCAAUUCACUAAUUUUACUUUGGCUUCAGAUUUGGUUUGUGUAAUUGAAUACUGUUUGUGCAACAUUGCUCUUUAUUUGUUCGUUCAGCCAGGGCUUGAAAGUGCAAACAUGGGCUGGGCAGAAGCUUGAAUUGGAAAGUGGCAGCAUCGAUGAAAAACCGAUCGUACCGGUCGAUAACUGAAGCGGGCAGUUCUGCUGCAUGCGUUUUCAGACUUGCCAUCGGGUCACAUACUGGUGCUCUGUAGGACUUUUCUCUUUCCCUGCUUUCACAGCCACUUCAUCACUCUCAUGAGGUUCGUAGUGCCAAGCAUGCUGUAGGAGCCCUAAAACAAGACCAGGUGAAAUACUUUCACUUGCAAACUGGCCUCAGAACUUUGGACAGAGACUGUAUUGGCGACAGUUCCUGUUUCCAGAGCCUUGAAACAAAACUCGGUGUCAGAUGCUGUCACUUGUGGAGUGGCUUCAAAGUUUUCGGAGACUGUACCUGUGGUACCUUGUAUUUGCAGGGUGCUGCUACAAGAUCUGAUGACAGAUACCAUCACUUGCAGAGUGGCUUAGGAACUUUUGUGUAAUAGUGCAUGCGUGGUGAAAUAUGUGAUCGCUGUUUCAUGCAGUUUUGCUGAUUGCUGCUGGAAAUCAUUCUGCAUUGUAUAAUUUACUCUCUCAAUAAUUGAUUCCAGUUUCGGCAUAGUUCCAUGAAAGUGAAUAACCUAAGUAACGUCUUGGUGUGAUUCGAAACGUAUGGGCUAUGUGGAAAUCGACGAAAUGAUGAACUUGCCAGCAACAACGACCAUAACAAUUCUCCAGGAAUAAUUGAUCCUUUGAAAUUGCCCUUGUGAGCACCUUGUUUUUUUUGUGUGUGCGCUCGUUUUCAUUUUCUGCGACCAGCGAACAUAUCUCUCGUGUGUUCUUGCAUCAUUGCAUUGGGAGAGACAAAUGUGGGUGAUUUUGCACUGCCUUUUUGUGUGUGCUUGUAUAAGCGUAUUGUGAGGAUGAAAAAAAGAAGUACAAAAGCUAUACUGUAAAAAAAAUAUAAAACAUAGUCUAAUAAAUGGUUUUUACAAAGCCUCAA